AUGCCCCGCGUACCUCCCUCGCUGCUCGGUGCCCUCUUUAGACGACCGCCGCCGCGUCUGCCUAUUCUCGACGCCGUCAAACAGCUGACACGGCCAGUGCUGGCCACGACUGCACUGCCUGCUAUUCUGCGACCGUCGCUGACGACACGGUUGCAGCCACCAUUUGCCAACCCACUCUACCAGCUGCCAGUUCGUGGUAUCGCGCGUGGAACAGAAUACCAACCUUCUCAACGAAAACGCAAACGCAAACACGGGUUCCUUGCGCGUAAACGCAGUGUUGGAGGUCGCAAGGUGCUUAGUCGGCGAAUGGCCAAGGGCAGAAAGUAUCUGUCGCAUUAA